UCAAAAUGGCGGCAUGGCUGUGGUGUUUCGUCUCCUGGAGUGCAGUUGCGGCAGUAGUAGUGCAAGGUGGAGAUAUAACUUCCCUUUAUGCAGAUUUACUUCAAGACUACUUCAAGGAUGUCCGUCCCUCAAAGACUGCAACAGAGCCGGCUGAGGUUACACUAAGUCUGGGUCUCCGCAGCAUCGAUUUUGAUCCUAAGAAGGGGGCACUUAAAAUAAACGCGUUGUUAAAAUUGACCUGGAUUGACUACAGAUUACAGUGGUAUCCACCAUCUUACAAAAAUGCCGAUACAAUUUAUGUGAACGCAGACAAGUUAUGGUUACCAGACAUCGUACUGUACAACGCAAUGGCUCCAACAAGAGAUGUAGUGAAUGCUCUUGCCACGGUUUCACAUGAUGGACACGUGGUUUACAAGUCCAGCAAAAUAUACAGUGCUAUUUGUGAUGCUGCAUCUUCCUCCACUGUCCACCAAUGCAAUCUAAAAUUCGGGUCCUGGAUAUACAGUGGCGAUGAGCUUGACCUUGUGCUGGACGACAUGGACAAAAACCAAACCUUCCCUUACGUGGACACUACUGACUACGUGGAAAGUCACUUCCUGGACCUGAUCAGCGCCAACGCAACGCGGGUAGUAAAGUACUAUGCCUGUUGCCCGGAACCUUAUGUCGAUGUCCAGUAUACUCUCAAUCUUCGUGUCAAAGACGAAAAAUAAUAACUUUUUUGCCACAGCCAAAAAGAUUACUUGGCUGAAAAAACUAAAGAGUCUAUUUCUUAAAUACUCGAGGAAAAUAUUGACAGUAACAUAAUGAAAAUCACUGCUCUAAUGUGGUUAGCAAAGCUUUGUAUUGUAAGGUGGGUCUCGCUCGUUUAUAGGCGUGUAUUCAACACUGCUAUAAAUCUUCUCUUCUAGAAAUACACUAAAUACUGCAGUGGUUUUUAUGAAAGUCAUUACUUGACGAUAAUAGACGCGUGGGUAAAAUGGUUGACGACAAGGUUUAUACCCUAGCAGUUGGAAUAUAAAGGAAAGCCUAGUAAUGAUAAUCGUCGUACAUCUUACGCAAUAAAAAGUUCUGCGUAGUGCAUUCAGUUAUCCACGUUAGGUCAAUAAGCGACAGUUUAUAUGAUUUUUUUUUCAUUAUACUUCAUAUAUCGAGAGUAAUAGUUUGACGCUGUAGAGGGACUGAUUUAAUAAAAGGAAUAUUGCAAAUGUAAUGCUCAACCAAGGCCUGCUAAACCCUCUGAAAUUGUUGGUCGACGUCUGUAUUUUCCCUGAUAAAAUGAACUUAUUUAAUAAUGUUUGGUUAAAUAACAACUAGACUAACCAAAUUGCAUCAGCAGUUUGCAGAGACCAAACACGUAGUACAUUUUAUUUGACCAUGCAAAAACACGAUGUAUGUCAUGUUAAAUGUAAACCUAAGGUCCA